UUAUGUCAUUUAAUUACAGUUGCCCCUGCAUAAACUGCUGUAUAGACUAAAACAUUUAGUGGAUUUAACAUCAAAGUGUAACAUGUGUGUUUUUAAUGUUACCAUAUACAUAAAUAAAAAAACGGAAUAGAAAUCAAAAAGAGAAUUCUAGUGUUAGAGGGUAGUUUUUAAAAAAAACAAGUAGUAAAAAUAGAAAUAGAAUAGAGUGCGCAAGAGUAAGAGGGAUAUUUAUCUUUCUUUUUUUAUAAAAAUAAAACAAGUCAUAAGAAUAGAAAUAGAAUAGAGCGUGAAGGUGUAAGAGGGUUUUUCUUUUUUUAAUAAAUUGGAAAUAGAAUAGAAUUUGAAGAAAUAGAAUAGAUUGCAAGUGGUAGAUAGUCUUUUUCUUUAAUAAAAAUAAAACAUGUCAAAAGAAUAAAAAUAGAAUGUAAAAUGUUUGUGUUGGAGGGGAUUUUUUAAUAAAUAAAAAGAAAACAAGUAGUAAGAAUAUAAAUAUAAUAGAGUGCAAGUGUUAGAGGGUCAUUUUUAUAAUAAAUGUAAAGAAAACCUGUAGUAAGAAUAGAAAUAGAAUAGAGUGCAAGUGUUAGAAGGUGUUUUCUUUUUUCCUUUUAAUAAAAAUAAAACAAGUCAAAAAAUAAAAAUAGAAUUGAAAAUGCUUGUGUUAGAGGGUAAUUUUUUAUAAUAAAUAAAAAGAAAACAAGUAGUAAGAAUAGAAAUAGAAUAGAGUGCAAGUGGUAGAUGGUAUUUUUCUUUAAUAAAAAUAAAACAAGUCAAAAGAAUAAAAAUAGAAUAGAAAAUGCUAGUUUUAGAUGGUCAUUUUUUAUAAAUAAAAAGAAAACAAGUAGUAAGAAUAGAAAUAGAAUAGAGUGCAAGUGGUAGAUUGUCUUUUUCUUUAAUAAAAAUAAAACAAGUCAAAAGAAUAAAAAUAGAAUAGAAAAUGCUAGUUUUAGAUGGUCAUUUUUUAUAAAUAAAAAGAAAACAAGUAGUAAGAAUAGAAAUAGAAUAGAAAUGAUUGUGUUAGAGGGCCAUUUAUGUAAUAAAUGUGAAAAAAUGAGUAGUAGAAAUAGAGUGCAGCUGUUAGAAGGUAUUUACUAAUAAAAAUAUUACAAGUUAAAAGAAUAGAAAUAGAAUAGAAAUGCUUGUGUUAGAGAGGGUAUUUUUCUUUAUUAUAAAAAAAUAAAAUGUAAAACGCAAUAGAAUAGAAAAUGCGAGUUUUAGUAUGUCAUUUUAUAAUUAAUAAAAAUAAAACAUAGUAAGAAUAGAAAUAUGAUAAAAAAUUCUGGUGUUAGAGGGUCAUUUUUAUAAGAAAAAGUAAGAAUAGAAAUAAAAUAGAGAGAGUGCAAUUGUUAGAAUUUUAUUAAUAAAAAAUAAAACCAGUAGUAAUAAUAUAAAAUAGAAUAGAGUGCGCAAGAGUAAGAGGGAUAUUUAUCUUUCUUUUUUGUAAAAAUAAAAUGAGUCAUAAGAAUAGAUAUAGAAUAGAGCGUGAAGGUGUAAGAUGGUUUUUCUUUUUUCAUAAAUUAGAAAUAGAUUAGAAUUUGAAGAAAUAGAAUAGAUUGCAAGUGGUAGAUAGUCUUUUUCUUUAAUAAAAAUAAAACAUGUCAAAAGAAUAAAAAUAGAAUGGAAAAUGUUUGUGUUAGAGGUUUUUUUAAUAAAUAAAAAGAAAACAAGUAGUAAGAAUAGAAAUAGAAUAGAAUGGUAGUGUUAGAGGGUCAUUUUUAUAAUAAAUGUAAAGAAAACCUGGAGUAAGAAUAGAAAUAGAAUAGAGUGCAAGUGUUAAUUAAUAAAAAGAAAACGUAGUAAGAAUAGAAAUAUGAUAAAAAAUUCUGGUGUUAGAGGGUCAUUUUUAUAAGAAAAAGUAAGAAUAGAAAUUCAAUAGAGAGAGUGCAAUUGUUAGAAUUUUAUUAAUAAAAAAUAAAACCAGUAAAAAAAUAGAUAUAGAAAAUGCUAGUGUUAGAGGUUCAGUUUUAUAAUAAAUAAAUAGAAAACAAUUAGUAAGAAUAGAAAUAGAUGAAAAUAAUUUAUGCAAUUUUAUAUUAUUUAUUUAAAAGAAUGAAACGUGUGUUUCAUGUCUGUUCUUGUAUUCAAAUGGUUGAGCUUGAUGUGGGAUUUACUGUGGAAAAUAAUUAGUAAUUCAGUACUUUCUAAAGAGCGUAAUCAGUACAGUAAUCUAAUUACACUGUUGCAGAUGUAAUUAGUAACUAGUAAUUAAUUAGAUGUAUGCGUAACUGACCCAACGCUGACCUCAACCAGGGUUAUUACAUAAAACUAAAACUAUUAAAAACAUUGUUAAUUUAAAUAAAUCUGAAAUAAAAUCCAAAUAUUAAAUGAAUUACUUAAUCUAAACAAAAAUUAUUUUACGAUGAGCUUUAUUUGUAUUUAAUAAUAUAAAUGCUUUAGAAAAGAAUUUGGUUUUAUUUCUAUUUUAUUUUAUUAUUGGCUAGUAAAUUAGUUAAAAAUUUGUAGCAAGUCUCUUCUGCAUUUAUCAAAGCUGCAUUUAUUUGAUUAAAAACACAGUAAAAGCAGUGAAAUAUUAUUAGAAUCAAUAACAGCUGUUUUCUAUGUGAAUAUCUGUUAAAGUGUAAUUUAUUUCUGUGAUGUGCAGCUGUAUUUUCAGUGUCACAAAUCAUUCUAAUAUUACUGCUCAAGAAACAUUCAGAUUAUUAUCAGUAUUGAAAACGGUUUAUAUUUUCAUGGAAACAGUGAUGCGUUGUAUUUUUUGUCUUAACAGAUGUCUUUAGGGUUACUUGUAUGUUGAAUAAAAAGUCCCUAACUCUUAGUCAGUGUCUCAGUAGAGUCAUUCGGUUCAGUUCUGUCGCUCCACGUGGCUCUUAGUCUCCACCCCCUCCCUCCCUCUCUCUCUGUUCGGUGUGGUGGGCGUUCCACAUUCCUGUGCACUCAUUUCGCAAGCCCAAACUCUCUCUCUCACUAGAUUUCUCCUUCUCUCCUGUGAGAGAGAGUUUGAGGCCCACCUCGGCCCAGGCUUUGUCUGAAUCUGCUGCCCACUUUAAUGUGUCCGAGUUAGGCUGGGUUUAAACUCCAGCCCCAGGAUGAGCCGGGCCUAGCAUAACUCAACCUCUCUGUCCGAGGGGAGGAAGCCAUGUUCUCAUUCCUUCUCUUACGUGUGCUGAAUGUUUCUGUGUAGAUCAGGAUCAGAGACCCUAAUCAGGGAGGUCGUGACAUCACAGAAGAGAUCAUGUUUGGAGGGUGCAGCGGCUCCUCACCUCCACAGCCCAACGGUGACAAUGCCACACCUGCAGUUGCCAUGACAACAAGAGCAGAGUUUCCCAUCCCUCCGGGCGAAAGCCCGAUACCCGACGCUCCUCCAACUCCACCCCCUACCAGUCUGAUGUAUGAUAUGGUAGAUGCUCCACCCCCAGCACCUGCAGAUGACUCCCACACCCCGCCCACUGUGUUCGAAUCACCCGCCUCUAACGGUGCUGGAGCCACACCCACUAAUGUAACACUGCCUUUCCCCACCCUGGAAUCACCAAUAGUGCAGCCCGAAGAGCUUCAGCUGUUCAACGGAGUCCCGGUUAGCUCCGCCCACAGAGACAUCAGUCCUAUCGCCGAGCCAGACGUCACUAAAGAAGCACCGCCGGUAACCACCGAUAUCCCUGAUAGGACUGUCAAAGAAAUCCAUCCUCAGGUUGUCACGGAGUCUCCCGUUUCAGUCGUUAAGGAAGUGCCAGCUCCUGUUGUCAAGGAACCUAUUCCUCCCGUUGUCAUGGUGACCCCUGUUGUUGUCGUCAAGGACACAUUCGCUCCUUUUGUAAUGGAAACCCCUGCUUCUGUCGUCACAGCGACUGUGCCUGUUCUUGCCAAGAAAACGCUUCAGCAGGUAACCCAGGAGACUGUUGUCAAGGAAACGCCUGUUGUCACAGCGAUCCCUGUCGAAACAAUGCCUGUCGUCAAGGAAACACCUUCACUCGCUGCCAAGGAAAUCCCUGAACCACUUUUAAAGGAAUCCACUGCCUCUUCAAAGGCAGUUUCUGAAGCCACACCCCCUCCGACAGAAGAACGAGAGGACACGCCCACCACACAGACCACUCCCUCUGAGAGUACUAUGCAAGUUGUUUCUGUGCCAAAGAAGAAGAGAAAAAUGAAAGACCUGAAUAAGAAGGAAGCAGGAGAUCUGCUUGAUGCCUUUAAAGAGCCCACACCACCUGAGCCAGAGGCCACACCCCCAGUGAAGGCGGAGCCAGAGAGUCCCGCCCCAGUGCCCCCGCCCCCUGCUGAAGAACUGGAGGAGACUUGGGAGGAGAAAGAAGAUAAACUUGAUGCUGAAAACAUAAAACCAGAGAGUCCCACCCAGAGCUCACCCACCAAGCAGAAAUACCAGUAUAAAGAAGAGCAAUGGAAACCGCUGGACCCCGAGGAGAAGAAGAAAUACGACCGAGAGUUUCUGCUGGGCUUCCAGUUCAUCAGCGCCAGCAUGAACAAACCUGAGGGUCUGCCGCAGAUCUCAGACGUGGUGCUGGAUAAGGCCAAUAAAACUCCUCUGCGGCAGCUGGAUCCGAGUCGUUUGCCCGGAAUGAACUGUGGUCCGGAUUUCACGCCUUCGUUUGCUAAUCUGGGCCGUCCAUCAGCCGGGGGGCGUGGCCCGCCGUCCGGUCUGAGCGGUCCUCGUCGUUCAGGUCAGGGUCAGCGCGGGAAAGAGCCGAGGAAGAUCAUCGCCAGUGUUUCUCUCACUGAAGACGUUCAGCUGAAUAAAGCGGAGAAGGCCUGGAAGCCGACGGUGAAGCGCAGCGGUCGCCCCGAAGAGGACGAGCCCGAGUUCCUGAAGACGCAGGAGCUGUUCAAACGCGUGCGCAGCGUCUUAAACAAACUGACGCCGCAGAUGUUCCAGCCGCUGAUGAAGCAGGUGACCGAACUGAGCAUCGACACAGAGGAGCGCCUGAAGGGAGUCAUCGACCUCAUCUUCGAGAAGGCCAUCUCUGAGCCCAACUUCUCUGUGGCGUACGCGAACAUGUGCCGCUGCCUGAUGGGGCUCAAAGUCCCCACCUCAGAUAAACCUGGAGUCACGGUCAACUUCAGGAAGCUGCUGCUCAAUCGCUGUCAGAAAGAGUUCGAGAAGGACAAAGAUGAUGACGAAAUCUUUGAGAAGAAGCAGAAGGAGCUGGAUGCUGCUACCGGGGAAGAGAAGCAGAGGUUGAAGGAGGAGCUCGAGGACGCCAAAGACAAAGCCCGGCGACGGUCGCUAGGUAACAUCAAGUUCAUCGGGGAGCUGUUCAAGCUGAAGAUGCUGACGGAGAACAUCAUGCACGACUGCAUCGUGAAGCUGCUGAAGAACCACGACGAGGAGAGUCUGGAGUGUCUGUGCCGCCUGCUGUCCACCAUCGGGAAAGACCUGGACUUCCAGAAAGCCAAGCCCCGAAUGGAUCAAUAUUUCAACCAGAUGGAGAAAAUUAUCAAGGAGCGGAAAACUUCUUCCAGAAUCCGCUUCAUGCUGCAGGACGUUCUUGAUUUACGACGGAAUAACUGGGUCCCUCGGCGAGGAGAUCUGGGGCCCAAGACCAUCCAGCAGAUCCACAAGGAGGCGGAGCUAGAGGAGCACCGAGAGCAGGUCAAAGUUCAGCAGCAGCUUCUUUCCAAGAAGGACAGCCGGGGAGGAGGGGGAGGGGGAGGAGGGGGGAUGGGGCCCCGGGGAGGCCCCCCCACACCCGGUCCCCGAGGAAACCAGGGCCCUGAUGACGGCUGGAACACGGUUCCCAUCUCCACCAAGAACAGACCGAUCGACCCGACGCGCCUCAGCAAGAUCACCAAGCCGGCCGCUCUGGACUUCAGUAAUCAGCUUCUUGCCCCCGGAGGUAAAGGCUCAUGGGGCAGUUGGGGCAAAGGCAGCAGCGGAGGCUCCGGAGCCAAACCCAGCGACAGCACCCAGGACUCUGGUCGUACCAGCACUUUAAACCGCUUUUCAGCACUUCAGCAGCCUGCCUCCUCAUCAUCAUCCUCCAACAUCAACUCUGACCGGAGGCUUCCUCACAGGAGUAGUUCCAGUCGGGAGCGCAGCGAUCGUUUCGACCGGGUCGCUGACCGCUACGAUCGGCGUGAUGACCGCGGAUCUGACCGGAUGGACCGGAAACGUCCCGCAGUCGGCCAGCGCAGCUUCAGCCGUGAGAAGGAGGAGAGGAACCGCGAGCGAGAGCAUCGUCCCGCUGAGAUGCUGCAGCGUGUUUCCAGCGAGAGAGAGCGAGAACCCGGGGUCAGAGUAAAGAGAGAGACUGUUCCCAAUCCUCCACCUGUUUCCUCCAAACCUGCGCUGACGGAGGAGGAGAUGGAGAAGAAGUCCACUGCCAUCAUCGAGGAGUAUCUGCACAUCAAUGACAUGAAGGAGGCGCUGCAGUGCAUCAGUGAGCUGAGCUGCUCGUCUCUGUCUGUGUUCGUUCGGACGGGAGUCGAGUCGACUCUGGAGCGCAGCACCAUCGCUAGAGAACACAUGGGUUCACUGUUUCACCAGCUCCUCAAAACACACACACUGUCCACACAACAGUACUACAAAGGGCUGCUGGAGGUGCUGGAGCUGGCGGAGGACAUGGAGAUCGAUAUUCCUCACGUCUGGCUCUAUCUGGCUGAGCUCAUCACUCCCAUGAUGCACGAGGGAGGGAUUCCCAUGGGGCCGCUUUUCAGGGAGCUGUCUAAACCACUGCUGCCUCUUGGGAAGGCUGGAGUUCUGCUGGUGGAGAUCCUCAAGCUGCUCUGUAAAGCCAUGAGUCAGAAGAAGGUGGGAGCGAUGUGGAGAGAUGCGGCGCUGAGAUGGAAAGACUUCCUUCCUGAAGACCAGGACGCUAAUAAAUUUGUCACUGAAGAGGGAGUGGAGUUCACUCUGGGUGAGGAGUGUGUGAGGAAGAGCAGUAAAGUGACUCUGAGUCCAGAAGAUAUUUCUAGAGAGCUGGAGCGACUCUUGCAGGAGAAAGCAGACAACCAGAGGAUCUUUGACUGGGUGGAGGCCAAUCUGGACGAGCAGCAAACAUCAUUGCACACGUUUAUCCGGCCGCUGAUGACUGCUGUCUGUCAGUCUGCCAUCAUCUGUGAGAAUCCAUAUAAAGUAGACACUAAAGAAAUGACCCAGAGGGCCGAGCUGCUGCAGCGCUACAUUAAAGACGAGCAGAAGGAGCUGCAGGCGCUCUACGCCUUACAGAGUCUGAUGGUGCAGAUGGAGCAGCCACCGAAUCUUCUGCGCAUGUUCUUCGAUGUCUUAUACGAUGAGGACGUCAUCAAAGAGGAUGGCUUUUAUCGCUGGGAGUCCAGCAAAGAUCCCGCAGAGCAGCAAGGCAAGGGCGUGGCCCUCAAAUCUGUCACCGCCUUCUUCACCUGGCUGCGCGAGGCCGAGGACGAAUCAGACAACAGCUAGAGCUUAGGCAACACCCACUGCAGUGAUGAUUGAUUUGAUAAAGGGGCAAGGAAAAACUAUAUUUUUGGAGAGAAAAAGAAAGAAUGAAUUAAACAUUUGGAAGAUUUUCAACGUACUUCUACUUUUUGUUUUGCCUUACUGUUUGCAAAUUUUUUUUUUUUUUUUUUUUUUUUUUUUUUUUAACUGUUAAACGGAAACUCAAUAAACUAUUAGAGGAAGUAAAGUCUUUUAUAUAUAUAUCUGCUCAGUUUAUAGAUUUUUGGCCGUUAGCAUUGCUACUUCCUGUUUCCUGCUCCCGCCGCCAUGGAGAGGGACGUCGAUGACAUCAUCACUCAUUUAUGAUGUCACUUCCUGGUGACGGAAUGCUGGUCAGAGUUCUAUUUUUCGUUCCGAUUAUAUUCUUAAAUAUUCAUCGGCGCUGAUGUGGUUUUGUGUGGAGCGGCUGAUCGUGUGUGUGUUGCUAUAAUGAAGACGAUUGGAUUGUUUUUUUUUGUUUAGUUUUUUGUUGUUUUUUUCGAUUUUGGAUUUCUUUUAGUUCUAGUGGGGUGAUCCGAGAUAUUUUUUUUUCUACAUUUUUUAUGACAGAAAAACAAAUAAAAAAUGCACAUCGCCCCUUUCAGAGCUGCAGUUUUCUGGUGUUUGGUUGCAGCUCUGAACGACGCGAGUACGAUGAACUAGAGACGGUAAACUUUGACCUUUUUGCUGCUGCUGCUGCUGCUGAGGCGCUUCUGUCGGCCCGAGCUGACGUACGGUUCACAUCAACACUUCAUGGAGAAAUAUAAAGGUUUGAGAAAUAAAGAUGGUGUUGAGGAGCGCUAGUGGUUGUGCCCUUUUGCACCUGUUGUGAACUUUACAAAACCAAUCAUUAUAACAACUUGAAAAAAUAUAAGUGUUUAAAUGACAAAAGAAAAAAGCUGGAUGAUGAGAGAGUACGAAUACUACAUGCCUUUCAGCUCCCUCGAGAGCGACCUGUAAAUACAUGUUUUUAGUUUUUUGGUUAGGCUUUUUUUUUGUUUUAUAAUAAUAAAAAUGCUGAAUUUAA